AAUCGAGGUACUCGGUGCCGGUGGACACCCGAAUUUUUCUUUUCCUCGCUGCAAUCGUCUUCUCUUCUCUUCUCUGUGUCCAGUUUUCUCAGAAGAACAUUACUGCAAAUCCUCCUUCGAGUUUGUGUUUGGUAAAUUUCUCCUAAUUUUCCUUCAUGCUUUCCAGAAUCUCAAAACCCUCACAAAGGGUUCUUGAUGGUCUUCUCGCCCUCAAGCUCAGACUUCAGUGCAGUCAUGAUCUGAUCAGCUCCUCCAAUGCCCGCCCUCCCAUCUCCCCUCUUCGAGAUCCAAUCGUCAGAAAUUCAUCCUCCUCAGCAUCUUCUUUCCAUACGAAAUUUCGCGCCAAACCCAUUUCUUCCGAUGUUGGUUUGUCUCGGAUCCUCCAUUCUCCCAAGCCCGCUGCCGGAAAUCCUUCAUUAGCUACUAAAUUGAACGCCUAUUGUUCUGCUUCUGGGUUUAGAUUCUUCUCUGUAAAGAUUCCCGGGUUUGGGAGUCAAUUGAAUGGAAAUUUCGCAAAGAAGGUCCUUGAUAAGCCCGCUACAGCUAUUAGUUCUGCCUUCUCGCGGUAUCGGGAAGCUAUAGGGUUGCAAAUUGAGGCGUUCUUCAGGAGAAAUUAUCUAGUUCUACUCGGGGUUGGAGGAGUUUUUGUUUGUGCAUUGCUCUGGAGGAUUAUGUUUGGUAUUGCAAGCACCUUUAUUGGGCUCUCAGAAGGCAUGGCCAAGUAUGGAUUUCUCGCUUUAUCUUCAGCUAUCGUUGCUUUUGCUGGCCUCUAUAUGCGCUCUAGAUUCACAAUCAAUCCUGAUAGAGUUUAUAGAAUGGCCAUGAGAAAGCUCAAUACAUCAGCAGGAAUUCUGGAGGUCAUGGGUGCCCCUCUUUCAGGAUCAGACUUGAGAGCUUAUGUGAUGUCGGGAGGUGGGUUAACUCUGAAGAACUUCACGCCAAAUCGUAGGAGCAAGCGGUGCUUUCUUCUUUUUCCCAUUAGGGGUUCUGAAAGGAAGGGUCUAGUCAGUGUUGAAGUCAAAAAGAAGAAGGGCCAGUAUGAUAUGAAGCUACUGGCAGUUGACAUUCCCAUGGCAUCAGGACCUGACCAGCGGUUAUACCUUAUUGGGGACGAAGAAGAGUACAAAGUUGGUGGCGGACUAAUAUCUGAACUAAGGGAUCCCGUUGUGAAAGCUAUGGCAGCAACCAAGGAAUUUGAUGAUCUUGACCAAAUUGAGGAAAAGGAGGAUGCAGAGAGAGAACUCCAAGAGGCAGAGAGAAAACACCAGGAAGAAAUCGAAAAACUUGAGAAAGGAAGUUGAAAUUCUUUCGUUCUUCAGAUUUUGCGAUGUCGUUUUCUACCCGUUGCGUCUUCAUAGCCAUUCUUUGAAGCGGUUUUGAGUUUCUAACCUCAUCCAUAAAAAAAAUCAACUUGAUUUCCUUUGAAUUUUAGAGUUCUCGGAAGGCAAGUAAGUUGAAUAAAGAGCUUACAAUGUUAUCAUGGCAUGUUUAUGGACUCAACUUUUGCCUGUGAUUUUCACGUUA